AUGGCUGAGCUGUCGGACAAGGCCGUGAAGUACUACACCCUAGACGAGAUCAAAAAGCACAACCACGCCAAGAGCACCUGGCUCAUCCUGCACCACAAAGUAUACGACCUGACCAAGUUCCUGGACGAGCAUCCUGGUGGGGAAGAAGUCUUUAGGGAACAAGCUGGCAGUGAUGCUACCGAGAACUUUGAGGAUGUUGGGCACUCUACAGAUGCUAGAGAAAUGUCCAAAGCAUACAUCAUUGGGGAGCUUCAUCCAGAUGACAGAUCAAAGCUAGCCAAACCUUCAGAAACUCUUAUUACUACUAUUGAUUUUAAUUCCAGCUGGUGGACCAAUUGGGUGAUGCCAGCCAUCUCGGCACUGAUUGUAGCCCUGAUGUACCACCUCUACACAGUGGAAGACUAAUCCCUUCCCAGAAG